AUGGAAGCCGCAUCUCGCCUCGCCUUGAUGGCCAUCGUCACCCGGGCAGGAAGCCCGCAACAGCAGCUACGGCAACAUCUACAGCAGCAGCGCGUGCCAAAGCAGCAUCAACAGCAGCAACGAGACGAAAAGGCGGCGUGGAAACAUCUUCACCAUCCGCUGGUAACAGUCGUCGAAAAUGACGUUGAAGCGCAGGCGGGUCUAGGUGCAAGAGAAGAAGCAGCAGCAGCAGCAGCAGGGGAGGGGAAGAGAAUGUUGGGGAACCUGGGCCACCACCACUACCACCACCAGCAGCGUUCCUCGGGACGGGGACGUCGGGGGAGCGCGGGGAGUUCGAGCUCGCGGUCGAGUGACGGGGAGAACGGUGCGAUGGCUGCGCGAGGUGGAUUGGAGGCCGUUGCGUGGUGGAUUCUGAUGGGGUUGGAGUUGUGUGUCGUUGGCGGCGUUGAGGGCUGGAUCAUUUACAUGGUCUACAAUGCCGGCGGUGAUUUUGCGAUUUGGAACUGCAUCGAGUAUCGUUCGGGGAGCAUCGAGUACCUGUCACCCAGGGAGGGCAUAGCUGACGAUGACGGCACCCGCAGGUUAUCCCAGUUCGCGUCGCCUGCCCUGAUGAUCCUCCUCAGCGUCUCCCUCUCGGCGGCCCUGCUACGCGGGGUCGGCUGUCUGAACAGGCUUGGGGAUUUGGGGUUCCAGGCGGCCGGUCUGGUGCUGGCCACGUUUUGCGCCGUCGUAGUGUGCGCUGGUGUGAGUGGUGUUGAGGAGGGGCAGGGGGAGAACGGCGACAGGUUGGAGAAGAAGGGGGUGCGGGUCGUCGUCGGGUUGGCUGUCAAGAUGUGGUUCCUCUUCUUCAUUGGCUUCCUGUGUGCCGUGUUCCAGUGGUACAGCGAAGACCAGCAGAGGACAACAACAUCUACGACGAACCAGACGCCGCUACUACCAAAGAAGGGGAAGAAGAAGGAGAGGGGCUACGGCACUACCACGGGCGGAUUGGCGACCGUCGACGAGACGGUUGAGGGGUUUAGCAUAUGCAUGAUGAGCGCGCGCGCGCGCGCCUACACUACAACUGAGUUCCGCGACAUUCCGAUACCCCCUUUUUACCCGGUUCCUUUUCAUCCGGCCGUGAUUACUCGUACCCAUCUUACUGGCUGCUUCGCCGCUGGCCAUGCGACAGCCAGCCAGCUCGUCGAUACCAGCGAUUGCACUGCAUGCGCGUCUAUACCAAUCAGUACAGUAAGCUCACAUCUAUGUGGCGCGUUGGUACUGGACGACACUCUUUCGCCGAUUUUGGCUUUAGUGAUGAUUGAGGCUCUCGGAAACUUGAUACCUGGGCAUCGCUGCUCCUUGGGGAGACGAAACGGCAACUUUGAGUUUAAUCGGACGGCAGGGCUCGGUUUCGCCGCAGGCGCUUCAAGGGCGAUGGAAAUGAUACUUUUACUGUGUUUCUCGUUUCGUCGGGUUGUAUUCCGCCUGCCGAACUCGGUAGUGUUUUCAUCAUCUCAUGAUAGCUUUAUGGGUCUACGGAUUGCUGCCUCUCUGCUCAUGAAGCCGUCCAUGAAGUUGUCAGUCGCGGACCAGCAGGUGGUGGUUCGGCAGAGCAUUACUGCCUCUGACCUUAACGCUACCCCUCUUCGAAACAACGACGUUGAUCCUGCCAACUUCAGAAAUAUGCGCCCCGCGUUAGAUGGUCACUCCAUCGCAUACAGCAUGUUGAUCUCACUGUCCGUCUCGUUCCCAUGGGCCGUCCUGGUCACCGUGGCAUGGGCCUUUGGCCAAGACGCCCCAAGCCCCGGCGCGCCCAUCCCGGGCUACGGCAUCUUCAUCCCACGAUGGGAAGUCCCUUCGCCCGACGGCAGCGGCAAGACGCUGUUCUUUCGAGGCACGGUCGAAGAAGUAGCGACCCAGAUGCGCGACAUGCACCCGAGCUUCGACAUUGACGACGAGUUUGGCAAGAUUGCCAUGCCGGCUAUCGGGAAGCGGGCCACCUUUGAGGACAAUGACCAAACACUGUGCCACAACUUCAGGGAAGGCAAUAGAACGGCUGCACAUGUCAGUAUCGAUGAACUGAGGACCGUUCAGGGGAAGCCUGAGAACGGGGCCGGGCCUGCGAACUGCGGACGGGUUAGUUGUCGGAACGGCACCGCUAUCUGGUGGUGCAAUGAUGCCAAGAGCACCAAGCAGAUAGAUUCGUUUGGCGACAUUGCCGACGGCGCUCAGCGCGUCUUGUCAAAGUGCAAGGACAAGCUGGAUGCCAAUCAAGGGCAAGGUAUGACUGUCAGCGGUCAGGCUUUCCACAAGGAUAGUUGGAAUGUUGUUGUCCGAGGCGGAGACAACUGCGAUGAUGCAGGUGUUAUGAUGAAUCCCAAAGGCUCUCGGAGGCUUUUCAAGGCGUAA